GGGGUGUUGGCUAUUUUAGUGGCACUAAUCGGACCUGUAUCUGGAUGUUAUCUUAAUCCUGCUGUUACUAUUUCCAUGUUAUUAAUCAGACGCUGCAGCAUAGUACAAUUGCUGUUUUAUCUACCAGCUCAACUAACAGGAUCAAUCGCGGCAUCUGGUCUAGCUUACUGGACUGGACCAGAUGAUUGGGUUGAGCAAACAAAUCUGGGGGCAACGAGACUGGCUCCAGGUGUCAGUUGGACCAAAGGCUUGGUUAUAGAGUUUGUUGCAACGUGUUUCCUGAUUCUAGUUGUGAUGGUAGUCUCAAAACCAGAGCCAGAUAAGUUUGAGGCAUGCAGCACUGACUGGAAAAUGCUAUAA